UCGAAGGGACGGGCGGGAGUUUGCGCGGCGGCGCCGCCGCCUUAUCACUUAUCGGCCCUUAUCUGUUAUCAGACAUCGCGAAACCGAUCGGGUUACAGUUAAUUCAGUGCAAAUCCUAUUCCCGAUCAUGUACUAUAAAGUGCUGUUUUGUUUUUUUAUUGGAUCUGUUUUUUGUCAAGUUCCAGUACUACAGCAACAAGAGCUGGCGAAGAAGCUGGUGUGUAUUGAACAUGAGGAGUGUGGGCCUUGUCUGUCAGCCGCUUCGCACUGUCGGUGGUGCGCUGACCCCUACUAUCCCACCACUGCGCCACGGUGCAAUGACGAUGAAAGUUUGGUAGCAUUCGGUUGCGGCCAAGGUAUGAUAGAGCGUCCUGAAAAGCCAGUUUGGGAGGUGGUUGAGAACAGCAGUUUGCAAGACGUGCUGCCGGACGGCUUGGUUGCUGUACAACUACAGCCGCAGCGGAUAAAGCUUUCUUUAAAAGCACGUGAAACCAAAAAAAUCAAGUUCCAAUACCGGCCAGCAAGGAACUAUCCUUUGGAUUUGUAUUACUUAAUGGAUCUCACGUGGUCGAUGAAAGAUGACAAGAAAACCCUUGUGUCAUUAAGAGACGAUCUUCCUGAGAUGCUGAAGAAUUUAACCGAUAACUUUAGAUUGGGUUUUGGAAGCUUUGCUGAGAAGCCAAUUAUGCCGUUCAUCAGUGUGGACUCGGGGCGACGCGCAAAUCCCUGCACAGUAGAGGAAGAAGCGUGUGAACCCACCUAUAGUUACAAACAUCACCUGUCUCUUACUAACCAGGUGAACGAUUUCAUAGAAAGCGUGAACAGUAGUUCGGUAACGGCGAAUUUAGACAACGCUGAGGCCCAACUUGACGCUUUGGUACAAGCGAUUACUUGUGGGAACCGUAUUGGCUGGAGCCUUCGCAGUCGUAAGAUUAUAAUCCUAUUGUCUGACGGAUUGCUUCAUACCGCCGGAGAUGGGAAGUUAGGUGGCGCCUCCCUGAAAAAUGACGAAACAUGUCACUUAGAUGAAAAUGGCUACUAUGCAGAAGCACACAAAUACGACUAUCCGUCCAUUGCACAAGUGUAUAGACUCCUAGAUAAGUAUAAGGUGAACGUAAUCUUCGCGGUGACAGAAAGCGUCAAAGACCACUAUGACAGUUUGCACCAACUGCUCAGCGAUUUCACAUAUAUCGCCAAAUUGGAAAGUGAUAGUUCCAACAUUCUCAAAUUGGUAAAAAUGGGUUACGAAGACAUUGUCAGCGUUGUCAACUUCGAAGAUGAUAGCUUGGGACCUGUCAAGGUCAAGUAUUUCACCGAUUGCGGAGUGAAAGGUGGCUCGUUAAUCGAGACCCAUCGGUGUACUGGUGUUGAAUAUGGGAUGACACUUAACUUUGAAGCUCAUGUUACAUUGGACUCUUGUUCUGAAUUCAAAAAGACGCAGCAAAUAAUAAACAUAUCAGAAAGUCAGCUGGGCCAAGACACCCUGACUCUUGAGGUGAAUAUCCAGUGUGGUUGUUCCUGCGAAAGUGAUUUGAUCAAGGACAUGUCUUUAUCUUGUCCAACACAUUCACACCUCGUAUGUGGAGUUUGUCAAUGCAAUAAAGGAUGGUCUGGUCCCAAGUGCGACUGUUCAAUAGAAGAUGAAGCAGCAUCCGCAGCCCUACUCUCGCAGUGCAGAGAACCAAACUCCACUCGACUGCUGACGUGUUCCGGGGCUGGUGAUUGCCUUUGCGGAAAGUGCGAAUGUGAUAGAGGCUUCAGCGGGAAAUAUUGCCAGUGUAAAGAUUGUGAAAUUAGCAGAUUAAACGGAAUGGAGUGCGGUGGUGCUGGACAUGGUGUAUGUGUGUGCGGCCUUUGUGCUUGUGAGGCCGGGUGGACUGGGGAAGCCUGUGGUUGUACUGAAGAUAUUGACGCCUGUAUUGCUCCUGGAGAGGAAGAAAUUUGCUCUGGACAUGGGGACUGCGUUUGUGGCAGAUGUGAAUGUGCCUCGACGAUAGAGGGGAUGCGGUAUACAGGACCAUUUUGUGAGACGUGUGCCACUUGUGAGAAUCCUCUAUGCGCAAACGCAGAACUCUGCGUAUUAUGUAACCUUAACAACAAUUGUAAUGAAACUUGUAGUAUUGGUGGCCUUAACUAUACUGUUAGUCAAAGAUUGAACGAGGACGCCAAAAUAAAUGACAUACCAUGCAUACUACGCCGGGAGGAGGACGGUUUGGAGUGCGAAUACAAAUACACAUACAACGCCGCAGAGCAGGCAAUGAUAUCUAUGGAAAUAAUAAUACGAUCUAAAAUCUGUUCUCAGCCUACAACAGCCAAGAUCAUGAUGAGUGCCAUUAUAACUAUGGCAUGUGUGAUACUCGGCGGAAUAAUAAUUAUUUUAGCUGUAAAAAGCGCGCAAAUUGUGUCCGAUCGUAGGGCGUACGCAAAAUUUGUACAGGAGGCGCAAGAGAGCAGAAAGAACAUGCAAGAAUUGAACCCUCUUUAUAUUUCACCUAUAUCAAAGUUUACGUUACCAGAAUCUUAUCCGAGGGAUAGGAAUGAUUAGGAAUUAAUAGUUAUAAGUUAUUUGAAGUGUAUUUUAAACUAAAAACGUGGUUACACGCGUGUAAUAUGAAUAAGUAAAACCAAUAGAAACUGAUUUUACAGGUAGCUCCAAGCGAAAAAUAAAAUAUAGGUAGGUAAUUACAGCCUCCGCGGCUUAAUCAAACGCUGGUUCAAUAAGUUUAUUUAUAAAUAUACAGUAGAUACAAAUUGAUAAUGAUACCUUUGUAAGUUACGUUGAGGUUUAUUAAAAUGUAUUUUGCGAACACAAUUUUACAAAUCAUGACAAAGUUGAAAUGAGAAGAGAUUUAAACUACCAAAAAUAAAGGGUGCUAUAAUAUAAUAAAUAAAAAAAUAAAAUAAUUGUAUCUAUCUUGUACUUAUUAGCAGUUAGGAAAUUAAUAAUAAUCCAGUGAAUAUUAAUAUAAGAAAUUGUUUACCGUUCUUAGACUAAGUUUCAGGGCAUUAAUAUAGCUAAGAUAUAAUAACUACAUUUUAAUGUUUGACCCCCUUUCUGAUACUCAAAUCUUAUACAAUAGCUAUUAUGACUCCUGUAUAAUUGAAUAAAUAAGUUCACAAAACAUUCUAACUGCAGAAGGGGUUUAUGAAUAAAAAUAUGUUUCUUUAUUAACAUUAAACUGUAGGCAGACGUAAACGUUUCAUUUUGACCUAGUCACUAAAAUCACAUUUUAAGCGUUUACUUAAUUGUCAAAUAAAAGUAUUUAUAUAAAAUGUUGCGUUAAGUAUGUGUAUAAUCGUUUUUAUGUCGUUGAUGUAAUGAAUGUAGAAGAAUGUAUGGUUUAUUAUUGUCGCCCAGUACCCCAGUUUAUAAUUUAUUAAACCUACUAUAAAGGAUAAUAAACGCGAUUUAUUACAUUAUAUUUUUUACAACGCACUGCCCACGACUGUAGAGACGUCACACAAAACGUGAAGUCAUGUUAAUUAAGUAAUAAAUUCGCUUUUAAAUCUUUUAAGUGGUAUAUAAAAAUGUAUGUGUUGCAAUUGUUUUUAUGAAUAAAAAGCGUAUGUGUUGAA